AUGGAUUUCCCUGGUACCAUAGUUUUUACUUUCGGUGUGACCCCCACACUGGAAUAUGCUGAUGCUCUUCAUGAGAAAUAUGGUUUCCAACUAGAUGAUGUAGUGCUAAUUUCUUUGGAUGUAGCUUCAUUUCUAGAGCCUCCCCAUAGGAAGGUGCUGCAUAACAAUGGCGUCAACAUAUACGAACUCACUCUCGAAACAAUCAAUAAGGUUAUGGAUUUUCAGAUGUUAUUCCGAUCCCAUAGUUUCCUUCCCCGCAUUUGGGUGUUCAAGAUUUUCUUUUUCUGGUUUUCUACUAUUGAGGAUAAGUUUACUUUUUAUGCUCGAUAG